AUGGCUAAUAUCUCCAAUGCAAAUAUCAACCGGGCAACCUAUUCACAUGUGUCGAGAGUAUUCAUUAAAAUACAAGACCGCUCAAUUCCUCCUAUUUCAGUAUUUGCCUUCAAAGUGAGAGGGUUUAUUAUUGCCAUGCUCAAUGUCAGCAGAAUUAUCCCUGACCUGCAGUCAUUUCUCGUCUGUUUCCUCCCAGGGAUACCCGCCGCUCGGCGCGAAUUCGCUGUGAAACUUAAUGUUGUCUAUUUUUAUUAUUUAAUCUAUCUAUCUAUCUAUCUAUCUAUCUAUCUAUCUAUCUAUCUAUCCUUUCUAUCUUCCAUGUCGGUAGUUUUUAGUAGUCGUCCAGAUCCGCUACGUCUAUUUAUAUGUUCCAGUUUGAUUUCUCUUUUCGUUUACCUUGCGGACACUUCCCGAUAUUUGACAGUCCAAGAUCAUAAAAAGCGGCGACUUAGCCUUUCUCGAAGUCAGAACAAUGCUUAG